UAGCGCCAUAUUAAAAUGCUCCUUCCUCUUCCACUCGGAGCAGCCAGCAGCUAACCGCUAGCCGCCAGUGUGCCGUCUGCAUCCAGAACAUUGUCAGGGGGCGACGACAUGAUGGACAUUGACUCACUUCAGGAAGCGCUGAAAGACUUCGAUAAGAAAGGAAAGCAAGAGAGCUUUCCUCUUCUGGAGCAGUUUCUUUGCCAUAUCGCCAAGACCGGAGAGACCCUGGUUCAAUGGCCUCAGUUCAAGAACUACUUCCUGUUCAAGUUGGAGAAGGUCAUGGAGGACUUCAGGGUCUCGGUACCCGAACAGAGAGGCCCUGCCAACCCCAACGUGGAGUCCAUCCCAUUUGAGGAUAUGAAGGAGAGGAUACUGAAGAUAGUGAAGGCAUAUAAUGGAAUCCCAUUCACCAUCCAGCGCUUGUGUGAACUUCUCACAGAGCCCAAGAGGAACUACACAGGAACAGAUAAGUUCCUCCGAGGUAUAGAGAAGAAUGUAAUGGUGGUUAGCUGUGUCCAUCCGACCUCAGAGAAAAAUGGCUGCAGUGGAAUCAGUAGAAUGAAUGGAGUGAUGCUUCCUGGGAACACGUCGGCCUUCUCAGAGAGGAAAGUGAACGGACCAGGGACUCCGCGACCACUGAACCGACCGAAGAUGUCGCUGGCCAGCUCACUAGCAGCCAACGGUCUGCCAGACAGCACAGACAACAAGGACUCGGAACCAGACCAGGAGGACGACAAAGAGUCCAGUGAGGUGUCGGAGUCGGGCAGCCUGGGCAGCUCAGUGAAGAACAAGCACCAGGACGAAGACGACGACGAGGAGGACAUGGAGUCAGAGCAGCACGAGGUGAAGAGGCUAAAGUUCAACAACAAGGAGGAGGAGUAUGACGACGACGAAGACGAGGACGAGGAGGACGACGAGCAGGAGUCGGACACGCUGAGAGAGCUGCACACAUCGGGAUGCUCCUCGAAGGAGGCCGAGGCCAUGGUGCAGGAGAAGGAUGAAGAGGAGGAGGAGGAGGAGGACAACGUGGCCUCCAGCAGUGCGGGCUCCAUCGAAGAACAAGAGCCCAGCAGCAGCACGCAGGCGGAGAUGCCCGCCGACCCGGGCCACGAGGAGCAGGCGGAGAGGGAGGUGCCGUGUGGCUCCCAGGAGGAAGGCAGCAGCGACAUGGACCAGACGGAGCAGCAGGCCCCGGCCGGCACCCCGGAGGAGGGGCCCGACACCAGCAGGGACAGCGACGACGGCGCCAGCGACCCGGUCAGCAGCAGCAGCAGCAGCACCACCACCACCAGCAGCAGUAGCAGUAGUAGCAGUGUGGUCGAGGAGAGCAGCGCCGAGGUCCGAGAGGAGGGAGCCCCCGCUCCCUCCAGCAGUACACCGGAGACCCCUACAGAGGGCGCCGCAGAGGGCGCCAGCUUGAACACUGGGACCAGUGACGAGCCCAUGGACCAGGACUAGACUAGACUCCUGAACCCGAGACCAUUCACAAAAAACAUCCACCCUGAGUCCAUGAGUCCAGCGUGGGAUGAGGGACAGUUUGUCUGCUAAUUGAGACAAACGUUGUGUCUUGCUUUUGUGGGCGUGCCCUCCAAAAUGCAGCCUGGCAUUAAUGUGGGCAUACAAAUACAAUUUUGGUUUUGAAUUUUUUUUCCUUCUUAUUUUAAUUUUAUUUUUUUACCGGAAAGGUUUUUCUUUUUUUCUAUACAUAUAUAUAUAUAUAAUUAUUCUUACUGCUUCUGUUCAUUUAAAAAUUUCCUGAAGGUCAUUUGUCUCUGAGCUGUGCGUUCUGACAACCUUGACUCCCUUGGAUAGCUAUCUUCUUGUUGUCGUCGUUUCAACACUGGGCAGUUCGGAUACCGUGUUAUUCUGCUACUUUUAUCCUUUUCUCCCCCCCCACCCACCAUCUUUAAGCGGUCCUGCUGUUUUUGGACCGAAAGAAAUGGAAGAGGUCAGUUUUUGAAGACUUCGACUUGGUUAGCGGGCCACAGGACGGGAACAGACCCCACUCCAGCCAUCACUGCAGUUUGAGCUUACAGGAAAGAUUUACUAGCACCAUCAACUGUUCCUGACUGAAGCACACGGCACCACCACGGGCUUCCCUCAAGUGCCAUCAUCACUUGAGGAUGCAUUUUUUUAUGAAUAUAUAUAUAUAUAUUUCCGGAAGACGCAUUUCCCUACCUCCCACAUCGUGUCCUUUUUACACAUAACUACCCCUAUGUUUGUCAAUGAUCCGUAAUCCAACCCCCACUGAAGAAUGCUACUGAAAUGCCCUUGGCAGGCCUCUGUUGUAAGGUAUAUACAUUUUUGAAUGCAAAGAUCCCCCCCCCCAACCCUAUAAUUAUAAUUUAUCGGAUCAUUUCUUUUUUUGUAGUGUUUUAUUUUUAUUAUUGUCUUUGUCUGCCCGUUCUAAUGUCCAAAGCCAGCUGUACGUACAAAGAGGACUUUCUGCUUACUUUGUAUUUGUGAUGUCCCCAUGUUAUUCUCACACACGGAUAUCCAGAGCAGUCACUGGUUACAGUUCCACGCCUGUUUCUGCAGCUGUACCUUUUUGAUAUUUAGAAUUUUAAAUUUCUGUAAAGUAGAUUUUUGUAGAUUGUAAUACGGUAUGUGUUCACUGCCUUUGUGAAACCAUAUAUAAUAGUAUAAUUUCUGUGUAUACUCUGAAUGCUCCUGAUUUCAAUGUGGUAUUCAGAAACAGCAAUAAAUGUUAACAUUUUUAAUACUUUUCGUCAUGCUUGCCCAUAAUGUGACGCUCUUUUACAUACAGCACUCGGGGUCAGAAGCUGGGUCCUGGAACGCUGAAUCACUGUUCUUCUCUCAUGCUGGGGUAACCUUUUGAAAGGUGUGAUUAUUCAUUUCACCUGACUGACUGCAUAAGCUCAGUGACGCGAUCGUCUUGCUGGUAACGGCAGGUUAAUUCGUAAAUGGAUGCAACAAGCAUUAUUCCUGUCACAGUUAAAUGCCCGUCCAAUUCCAUCAACUGUUUUUGGACAGUCUUGCAUAGUGCUCUAGUGUUUUGUGAGAAAACUAGCCCCGUUGGUAAAAUAUGCAAUGAACACUGCAAACACGGUUAACGGGGCUUGAUUUCUACUGGGCCUGCCCAUGCCAAGAAUGUAUGCCCUGCUCUGGUAUUGGGAUGCUUUGUCGUCAACCAAGUGUGUGUUUGUGUGUUCGUUUAGACUGGAACCUCUCGGUUAAUUUUAGAUUUCCAAGGGGCGUUAUCAACAUGCGCAGAAUGGGAUGGGGGCCAGACGCAUAUGCCAGAGCAAAUAAAACAUGUGUUGGCAGAUUUGCCUGGUUCCUAGGCUAAUGAAAUACACAAGCAAAAAACGUUGCCAAAUCGUAACCUAUUCAAAAAUAGAAAAAAACGAAAUGUCACCCUACAUCAGUUGAUCCCUUCUAGCUAUUUAUAAGAC